GAUUUUUUACUCUUGUUACUGGAAUAAAGAUUAUUAAAUCAUUCUUUUAUAAGAAAAAAUAUAUUCUAAGAGCGACGAACGUUCACGCGCGUGAUGUGAGACUAGAAGAGAACAAUAUCCGGGAACAACUAUUAUAUAAAAACAGUGGGCUUCUCUUUAUAUAAAGCAUCCGUUACUCAAGAACGGCCGAAAUUUCAUAAUUACAUACACCUCCACGUACACGUUUUACAUAGAUCAAUUUUGUUAUAAAUAGUGAUAUCUUUGGGAGAGAGAUCAUCAAUAAAUUUUAUUAUCCCUAUGUAUACUUGGUUUCUUCUCCAACAAAGCUCAAAAACUCUGAAUUCUUGCUUCUAUAACUCAUAUCUUUCCUUCCAAAAGGGUGUUUUUAACAAAGAAGAGGAGUAUUAGGAGUAAAGUGUUAGGGACUUGUUUUUUUUCGUGGGGUUGAUUGUUUCAAGGUGCAUCUUUGAAUAAUUGUUGUAAAUCAUUUGCUCCUGAGGUUAAUUGUGAAUAAAAGCCGGUGGAAAGUUUACCGAUGCCCAGUGAAGGGAGGUCAAGGUAUAAUGAUAAGCAGGAAAUCACUCCUAUCACUGUGCAUGCUAGGAAUAUUGAGAAUGAAAGGAAUCAGGCACAGUGUGUUUUUCAUGGGUACCAUUGUAGCUUCGGAGGAAUUAUUAAAAGUAGUAAAGCAGGGUUGGUUGCAGUAGGGUGGGUUUCAUGGGUGGUUAAAGAUGGUGGUGAAGAUCUCAUGGGAUGGGUGCCAAGAAAAGAGAAGUCUUUUCACAUUUUAGAUAACAUAAGAGAAGACGAUUAUAACAUAGUUUAUCGGACUCUUGAUCUGGAAAAAAAGAAGAUUGUUGCUUUGAAGAAAAUAACAUUCAACAAUCUUGCAGGAAUUACAUUUCGCCCUGGUCUAAAGUCUACUGAACCUCAGAUCAAAUGAUGCAUGAGGCUAUUUUGUGGACUUGACUAUUGCCACAGUCAGGGCAUUCUGCAUCGUGACAUUAAAGGCUCCAAUCUUUUGCUUGACAACAAUGGAAUUUGAAGAUAGCAGACUUUGGUUUGGCAAACUAUUACGAUCCAGAACAAGUCUGGCAUUUUGCAAAUCGUGUUGGUACUCUUGCUUGGUGCCAGUUCUUAUGGUAGUGGCGGAGAUUUAUGGACUACUAGUUGCAUUCUUGCUGAAUUAUAUGCAGGACUCCUGGCAAAUGGUUUGUAAAUAAGUUGUUGCAGACAACUAUACAUAAUACAUGUAUCGCUACUAGAAAGACAAAUAGCUGAAACCAGCAGUAUCACAUAUAUCAUCUCUAGUUUCACACAUAAUGUCACCUAAGCUGUCAUGUAUUUAUACAU